AUGCUCAUAGAUUCUGGUAGCAACUCCAACAUUAUAGAUGACAGGACUUGGGCACAAAUGAAGCAGUCGAAAGUAAAAGUUUCAAACCAGCAAAGGUGUUCAGAUAAAACGUUCUUGGCAAAUGGUGCUAAAGAGCCACUAAAAGUACUGGGCUCAUUUGAUGCUCUGAUAAAGCGCGGCUCUAUGCCGCUGCCCGUCUCUGUCGCUAUGAGCUCAACACUCAUAGCCAACGAAUUGUUGGCGUUUAUACAACACGCCAUCGACACCAUGGAUGAAGUUAGCAUCUUGCAAAUAUGCAAGACUAACUUCAAGGAAGAAGAAAUAAGCAGUGGGAAGAGACUGCUGUACAUGAGCCUGGACAAGCUCGACCAGAUGCCGUCUAGACGGAGGGACGGUACGGAGAAGAGCGUCCAAGACAUAAUCACCUUGCUGAAGGUGACCGAUCCGGACGACGUUCCGACUUUCGUGGCGAAGGAUCUGCACAAGCUGCCCCCCGUCACGUUCGACCACGUCGACGUCACGAGGCUCCUAAAAGACAUCAUCUUCCUGAAGACGAGCCUGUCAGAAGUGCAGUCCAAACUAGAGGUCUCGGAAAAGACCAUUCAGGAGCUGCGCGCGGAAGUAGUGUUAUUGCGUAACACUAUGUCUGUAAGUAGGUCACCUGACGAGGCCUCUAAGGUGAACACACGUCGCGGGGCGCAAAACCUUUCCGUCUGCAGUUUUGCAUCGGCUGAUUUCGAUGCGUCUGCAGUUAUAGGAGAGUGCAAUGCCCCGAUUGCGAAAGAAGUAUCCGCGUCGACGCCUCGGCGCGUUUAUGCUGACGCCGCUGCUCCAAAUCCGAGCUGCGUGACCUUACCCCGCGCGCCCGCGCCGGCGCCCGCGCGUGUUCCGUGCCCCGCCCCGCUGCCCGCUGCACCGAGUGUGCUGCUGCCGAGACGGGAUGAAGAUGGUUUUGAGCUGGUGCAGAGGAAGAAGCGUCGUCCCAAACCUACAAAGAACCGCUGCGGCAAGGCUCCAACAAAGCCCAAACAACUAGUGCGUGCUGCGCAGCCGAACACGCCGGUAUACAUCUCCCGCCUACAUUACUCUGUGAAGCGAGAGAGUAUCGUCCAGUAUGUGCGCCAGAAGUUGAAAUACACGCUGAGGGUGCAGGAGCUGGAGUCGAACCGCAACGUCAACUUCAAGGCGUUUGUGGUGCGAGUACCGAAUUGCUUCCUGCAUCUCGUCUUAAAUGAAGACUUCUGGCCUCAGAACGUGGUGUUCCGUCGCUUCCGCGGACAAGUUCCACCAGAACGCACUAAGACGUAG